AUGGGGAAAUUGUCAAAAGAAACCGCUGAAUCCAAUGUGAGCCAAAAUGGCGAGAAUAAAAAUUUACUUUGGCGAUCCGUACAAGGAGCGACAUUUUUGAUCCUCUUGCAAGUGGCGUCUCGGGCCCUUACCUUCAUCGUCAAUCAGAUCCUCAUACGUUUCCUCUCACCAGAGCUGGUGGGAAUAUCUACCCAACUGGAGCUCUAUUCAAUUUCAGUCCUCUAUUUUUCAAGAGAGAGUCUUAGGGUUGCUCUACAACGACAGACACCUGCUAAUGAGCGGGCGAAAAAUGGCGUCUCCAAAGAAGAACCCGCCACAGGGGAUGAGCGAUCACCAUCGAAACAAGGCGGUUCAAGCGCAAAUAAGAAUUCAUAUUUAGAUGCCUUUUCCCCUGCCGGAAAAGUUCAAACUCUGGUCAAUACUUCAUACCUAGCCGUUGCUUUAGGCAUUCCUUUGGCAUACAUCAUUGCUACAUUCUACCUCCAAUCGGAUAGUGCAAAGGUAGCAUACUUUUCCGAAUCUUUAUCGCUCUAUGGCCUGGCUACCGUGAUCGAGCUCCUUGCGGAGCCGGGCUUUGUGGUCGCCCAGGAAAAGAUGGUCUUCAAAAUCCGAGCAUCUGCAGAAACAACAGCUACCAUUGCGCGAUGCUUUCUGGCCUGUGGACUUGUUGUUUGGGCCAGCACCAACAAGCACGACAUUGGAGUUCUUCCGUUUGCUGCGGGUCAGCUGAGCUAUGCUAUGCUCCUUAAUAUCACUUACUAUUCUAAGCUAUAUGAAGCAUCUUCCAGAGAGGGUUUCUCAUUUCUGCCCAAGCCUCUGGCUUCUAGCGAGAAAUCAUACCUCAUCAUGUCGUACUUUUCUCGGCCAUUGUGUCUUUUGACGGGUAGCCUUUUCAUUCAGUCAGCUGUCAAAUACGUUCUCACGCAAGGAGAUGCGCUGUUGAUGGUGAGCUUGAGCUCUCUGCAAGAGCAGGGCGCCUUUGCCCUCGCAUCAAAUUAUGGCGGAUUGGUUGCACGGAUGCUCUUUCAGCCAAUUGAGGAGAGCAGCAGGAACUUGUUCUCAAAGUUGCUGUCGUCGUCUUCUCCGGAUUCGAGAUCAUCCACGACCAAACAGCCUUCCACUGGCGUCGCCGGUAAUCAAGACGCAUCGCCUAGUGAAACUCAUAACCCGCUUCGAUCAGCUCAAUCUAUCCUUAACGAUAUCCUGAAGCUUUAUCUAUUGCUUUCUCUGGUAGCGUGUGCUCUUGGGCCAACAAUUGCGCCGCUGUUGCUACGUCUCGUUGCCGGAUCACGGUGGUCUAGUACAAGCGCCAGCUCAGUCCUCGCUACAUAUUGUUACUACAUUCCACUGCUCGCGCUCAAUGGUAUCACCGAAGCCUUCAUCUCAUCAGUAGCUACAAGCAAGCAACUGCACGCCCAGUCUAUCUGGAUGUGCGGCUUUUUUGUCAUCUUCGCCGGUUCCAGCGUCUUCUUUAUGCGAUUUCUCCAAUGGGGCGCCGAGGGUCUCGUGUGGGCUAAUGCCAUUAAUAUGGUCAUGCGCAUUGUCUGGAGUUGGACCUUUAUUCAGCAAUAUUUUAGGCAGAAUGGCGAGAGCCUGGAUAUCAAAUCGGUCCUUCCAAAUGGUGGAUCACUCGCUGCAAGUGUUGGUGCCGCAGCGGAACUGAAAAUGCUCCAGGAAAGAUCAUUCGGUGGCAGCUUGCUAGAAGACUUGAUCAAAGCUGCAGGAGUGGCCGGAAUAAUGGCGUUGUCCCUGGCUUAUUUCGAACGUCAUUAUCUCAUUCAUUGCUAUACCUUGCUUCGGCCAAAAUCAUAA